AUGUUUACCCAGGCUGCUUCCCGCAUGGCUACCCGGUUCCUCGCCCGGGCCUCGUCUCGGCUUAUCCAUGCAGGCAGCGCUGCCCGCGAGUUUGGAUCGGUGGCUGGAGCGCUCGAUGCGCAGGAGGAGGAGACGCACGAGUUCCAGGCCGAGACCCGCAAGCUGCUAGACAUUGUGGCCAAGUCACUGUACUCGGACAAGAAGGUCUUUGUGCGUGAGCUGGUCUCGAACGCGUCGGAUGCGCUGGAGAAGAUGCGGUAUGCGCAGGUGAGCGACGGCGUUGACGUCGAUCGCGAGCUCAAGAUCUCCAUCGCCAUCGAUGAGGACGCCAAGACGCUGACGGUUUCCGACUCGGGCAUUGGCAUGACCAAGGACGAGCUGGUGGAGAACCUCGGGACCAUUGCCCGGUCGGGAACUGCAGCGUUCGUGGACGAGAUGGCGACGGCCGGGCAGGGCGCGGCCGGCGACGCCAAGUCCAACGUCAUCGGCCGGUUUGGUGUCGGCUUUUACUCGGCGUUUAUUGUGGGCGACCACGUGAGCGUGACAACGCGCAAGGCCGGCGCCGAGACCGGGUACCGGUGGAGCUCGGACGGGUCGGGCACGUACACGGUGACUGAGGCGCCCGACGCACCGGUCGGCACCGCCAUCACCAUCCACCUCAACGCCGACUCGCACGAGUUUGCCUCGAGCUUCCGGAUCAAGGAGAUCAUCAAGCAGUUCUCCAACUUUGUCUCGUUCCCCAUCGAGGUCGACGGCGACCGAGUCAACGUCAUCGAGCCGCUGUGGGCGCUCCCCAAGUCCAAGGUGACCGACGAGCAGCACACCGAGUUCUACCAGUUCAUCGCGGGUGCGUACGACGAGCCGGCUUUCCGCCUGCAGUUCUCGACCGACGUGCCGGUCGACAUCAAGUCGCUCUUCUACUUUCCGCAGACCCACUUUGAGUACAAGUUUGGCUCGGGCCGCCUCGAGCCGGGCGUCCAGCUCUACUCGCGCAAGGUGCUGAUUGAUCCCAAGCCGACCAAGCUCCUUCCCGAGUGGCUGCGCUUUGUCAAGGGCGUUGUGGACUCGGAGGAUCUUCCGCUCAACCUCUCGCGCGAGUUUACCCAGGACGACGCGCUCAUCGCCAACCUCAACCGCAUCCUCACCAAGCGCAUUCUCAAGCACUUUUCGGAGGAGCUGGCCGCCGACCGGACGGCGUACGCCAAGUGGUUUGGCGAGUUUGGCAACUUCCUCAAGGAGGGCAUUUGCGCCACCGAUCAGUACAAGGACGCGCUCGGCAAGCUCAUGCUCUUCCCGACCACGUCAGGCGAGGGCAACAAGACUCUCGACGAGGUGCUCGAGGGCACACCCGAGGAGCAGGAUAAGCUGUACUACGUGGUCGCGCCGUCGCGCGAGCUCGCACUCGCUUCGCCCUACAUGGACGCCUUUGCCUCCAAGGGCACCGAGGUCAUUCUCCUCGACCAGCCGGUCGACGAGUUUGUCAUGCGCCACCUCGGCUCGUACGCCGGCAAGAAGCUGGUCUCGAUCGAGUCUGAGGACAUUGGCGACGAGUUUAAGGCGACCGAGGCCGGCGACGACGAUGCAUCGGCGGACGACGGCGACAACACUGCCGCCGCGCCCAAGGGCGAGGCCCUCGACGGCUUGCUCGAGUGGAUGAAGGAUUCGCUCGGCGAGAAGGUGUCCGAGGUCAAGGCAACCAAGCGCGUGACCUCGGCGCCGGCGCUGAUUGUCGAGCACGACUCGGCCACCAUGCGCCAGAUGAUCCGCAUGGUUGGCGCCCGGACCGGCGUCAACGACAUGGAGGAGAGCUACACUCUCGAGAUCAACCCCAAGUCGCCUAUCAUCUCCAAGCUGGUUUCUGCCCGUGUCGAGGAGCCCGACCUCGCUCUGCGUGUUGCCCAGCAGGUCUUUGACAACGCCAUGAUUUCUGCUGGCCUACUUGAGGACCCGCGUUCUAUGGUCAAGCGCCUUGAUGCCCUGCUCAACGACGCGCUCAGCAAGAAGUGA